AUGCCGGUAUUUUCGGGUUGGCUGAUUGCAACCUCGGAUAUAAGUCUUGUAAAUGUAGAACAGAUCAACCAGUUAAUCCAUGAUCAGGACACAUCUAUAACCGAUAAGCUUUGCUGGAGCCGCACACGCCCCAAUCCUCACCGGAAAACUUCUGUACAAAGCCUGUCUUCCGGACGUCGGGCAAGACCAUUGCCAGCCAGUGGCAGAGAAAAGGGGCGCCGUGGUCCCUGCACCCAGCUCCGACCACGCCCCGCACGAAAGGCCACGCCCUCACCCGCCUCCGAGCGCCCCGCCCCUUCUCGGCUAGGCCUCAUUCGGUUCGAAGAGCCACGCCCCCACCCCGCCUCCUUCGGCCACGCCCUCUCAGCCUCGCCCCUCUUCUCAGAGCCACGCCCCCUCUGGUUCGGCAGUUUUCCCCGGCCCCGCCUCCUGUGGGCCACGCCCCUCCUGACAUUGCGGACCACGCCCCGGCCCCGCCCCAGCCCGGCCCGCGCCCUAUUUGGUCAUUGGGGGGACCAGCGAGGCCGGCGGCGCUGCCGGGGAGCGGGACGCGGCGGAAGGGACGCGGAGCGGUCGCGUGCGUGGAGGGCAGCUCGGGCGCCGUGCGGUCGCUGCGGGCGCUCAGGGGCCCUGGGAACAAUGGCGCUGUGCGCGCGGGCCGCGCUGCUGCUGCUGCUGCUGGGCGCGCUGCAGGUGCUGGCGCUGCCGGGGGCGGCGGCCGACGGCUCUCCAGGUGGAAACAUCUCUGUGCCUCUACUGACCUCCAGUGUUAAUGUGACAGAGAAUAUCACUGUGCACAUGACUUCCAACCAGACCAAGGAAUUUAACAGCAGCACCGUGAAGCCAGUAGUAACUUCAAGACUGCCAAAAACUGUCACAGCUGUCACUUUGAAACCUACAACUAUUGCUAAAACAUCAACACCAGGGGUCUCGCCACACUCGAAUUCCACUGCCUCCAAGUCUACACCCAAAGCAAGUGCUUCCCCAAACUCAACCCACACCUCAGCAUCGGUGACGACCACAGGCCCCAGUAGUUUAAAGACAUCGAUAACAAUAACAGCGACUAUUCAUUCUGACAAAAGCAAAGGAUCCAGGUUUGACACCGGCAGCUUUGUUGGAGGAAUAGUGUUAACACUGGGAGUUCUGGCUGUGCUCUACAUUGGAUGCAAAAUGUAUUACUCAAGGAGAGGCAUCCGGUAUCGAAGCAUUGAUGAACAUGAUGCCAUCAUUUAAAGCACUCUACUGAGCAAGGAAAGAAGAGAGACUUCAACCCUAUCAAUUAGUUUGUUUAUAUUAGCUUAAAAUAUUAUUUUCUUGGAAGUAGUAUAAGAAGCAUGCAUAAAAUGAACAGUGUGUUCCAUGAUAUCCAGAAAUCCCUCAUUACUGAAGGUAAAGGGUGUGGUCUGGGCAGUUCAAUGAAUAAUUGGAGCAAACAGGUAAUUUAUCCAGUGAUUACAUUUACUUUAGAAAGUCCUAGCAAGACAAGUCCUAGCAAGACAAGCCCUGUCUUUCGGAGUAUGCAGAUGGCACUGGUUGUCACUGGGGGCAGGAUCCCAUGUAGCAUACAGGGAGGAGUCUGCCGCAACACUCGACUUUCACUAAACAGUGAUCGUGUAAAGAACCUGAAUGCCAUUCAGAGCUGGGUGUGCCCUAAUUCAUGCCUCGGGUUCCACAGCUCACCUUAAGGAGGCGUCAACAUUUUAGGGUUUAAAGUCAGGCUUGAUCUAGAGAGAACUUGCACUCCGAUGCAGCCCUCACAGCACAUGCUUGUAUUAAAGGCCCUGGAGUGCUGCGGAGUGUGGACUAUACCAGCCACCUCUUUUCAGCUCUCCGUGUUGCUCUCUCUUCCUUUCUACGUGAUGUAGGCAAGCCACAGCGCUGCCUGGGAGCCUGUCGCACCACUGGGAACGCUGUUCACAGGCACUUGACAGUUUGAAUUUCAGUGAACAAUUUUUAGGCAAUGUAGAGCUGCUUUCCUAUGUAGAACUUUGUAAUGGAAUGUAAAAUUCCUUUUUUUUAAAGUCCCCAUUAUAUGAUUUCCAAAUCAGUGUUUAGAAGUCUACAUUGACAGCAAAAUGCUGUGCUUUCUGAACCAGGGACUGUGAAGCACCCCCAGGCCGCUAAACCUACAGAGUGGAGAUGCUGCAUUUUUUACACUGUCAACUCACUCAGAUUUGAGAAAAUGGUGUUUUUAUUCUAGGCUGUAUUUUCGAGUAAAUUCCAGCUUCCUUAUCCCCGGGCCCACUUCUUACCCUUUGUGUUUCCAGGGAAAUCAGCACCCUGUCCCCCAGUGGCCCGUCACCCCAGCAGCCCGUCACCCCAGAAGCCCAGGCUCUCUGCGGCAUUUAGUUCUAUAGUUUAGAUUCCAGGUCAAACUCAGGGUCAAGGUUAACAAAGGAGGUGUUAGUUACAAAAUACUAAUAUAAUAUUUCUAUUGUAGAGGGCAAAAAAAAUUACAGCAAUUUCUGAAAGUGUAGAAAUAAGCCACAAAUGUCCUAAUGAGUGCAUACUUGUUACAGUUAAAAUUAAGUAUAACUUUUGUAAUCUACUGCUGGGUUUCAGAAAAUGCAAACUACCAAGAAUUUUUUAUAUAAAUAAAUUUAUUUCUACUUGCUGUGCAUUAGGGCCAACUGAUAUGGUAAAUGUGGAAUGCUCAGAUCUAUUAACAGGGAGAAUGGAGGAAAUGCUAGGAAAUGGAACAUGGGGUAGAUUAGUUUCAAGUGUGGGCUGAUGGGAAAUGAGUGCUUUCUCAUUGGCUACUUUCCUUUUUUCAGAAUCUAGUUUAGGCUCCUGCAGGUGGUGAGGGCCUUUAAGUUUAACUUGUUUCUGUUUGCUGCACUCUUGAUACUUCAGUACCAGCCAGCGGUGUUCUUGGAUGCUUGUUUCCUUAGAACUUGGAAGAGCUAAACCUCUUCCUGAAGUACCUUCUUUGCCUCUUAGUCUCCACUGAUUUGGGGGUUAAAAGUAAUGUUGUUAUGUCUUUUCUAAUUUGUUACUUUCAAAUACCAGGACUUUUGUUGAAGGGAUUUCUUUUUAAUCUACCAAAAUUGACCACAUUUUCGAAGCGUAAGUUUGUCUUCCGAGACUGGCUUAAGCGAACGCUCACCUUUCCUAGCUUUCCUAGAGAAUGUGUUUGUUAAGAUAAAGCAAUCCUAGAUGUACGUGUGGACAGUAGAGCUAUUCUGGCUUUAAAUUUCACUUCAGUAAUUCCAUAAAAAGAAUAAUUCAAAGGUAGAGAAAUGAGAGUUGGCAACAUAUUUUAUGGUGUGAUAAUUUUGUAUCUUUAGGGGAAAGACUAGCAAACUCUUGUUACCCUUUUUUCUAUAAUGACCAAUUUUGGUAUUUCAUUGUUACUAAGAUCUAUUUUUAGAAUAAAAUUUGUUCUCCAUUCAAAGGCUUUAGUGUUUUGUUGAAUGUGCACAGUGGUUCCUAUUUUAUUUCUCCAGUAUAUAAUUUUUUUUUUUUGGUUUUUCAAGACAGGGUUUCUCUGUGUAGCUUUGUGCCUUUCCUGGAACUCACUCUGUAUAACAGGCAGGCUGGCCUUAAACUCACAGAGAUCCGCCUGCCUCUGCCUCCCGAGUGCUGGGAUUAAAGGCAUGUGCCGCCGCCGCCGCAGCCGCCGCCACCGCCACCACCACCACCACCACCACCACCACCACCACCACCACCACCACCCGGCUUCCAGUAUAUAAUCUUGACGCAUGUACAGUAAAGGCCUGCUUUUACACCUAGGCCAGACCUUGGAUAAUUUAGUCUCACAAUAAAAACGUCCAUUCCUUGGCACAAGCUUUGAAAGUUUGCCAUUGGGGUCUCUCAUUUCUUCAGUAUUCUUGAGUUCAGUUUCUUUUGCAACAGAUUAUCAGCCAUCCAUUUCCACCAGAGGCUGCCACCCCCACAAACACAUCACACACCACAAAGCAGCCACUUAUUUCACUCCAGAAAUCAGAGAUGCCAUCUCUCCUGCCGACCCUGAACAAACUCGAAACACUCCAGACCUAAGCCCUGAGGCUGCAUAGAACCUGCCUGUGCUUCUGACCGGUAGACAUCCCCAGAACCAGCUUGCUUUCACAUGGACCCUCAAGCCGUGUGCACAUUUAAAGUGCCAGCUCGGCUGUCAGGGAUGCUCAGGCCUAGACAUCCAACAUCAGUGGUCUCAUGCUUGGGGCCCAGGGCCACUGCAUGGUGUGCCUGUUUACUAGUGCUAGCCCAUGCGGUCACCAGAGAGAACACAGACCUCACCUCACCCUGCAGCCACCAUAACCGUGUGCAUGCCACAUGCCCUUGUUCCCGGUUCUUGGCUGCUUCACAGGUGGAACCUAGACACUGUCAUGAACUUAUCAGCAGGGCCUCAAACCUGAGAACCCAUGCUCCAGUCCCUGGAGCCGCACCCUCUCCACAGGCACCGCUCUUCAGAACAUAGUGAUGUCACAGUGUGCCUGCAGCUGGACUCGGUGCCUGGAAAAGCCUUAGCGAUGACCUCUGUGGUGCAGAAUGACUCCAGCAGACGUCACAAGUGGACCCACAAAACCCUGAGCUACUCACGUACGGAGCUCCGAGGGCGGGCCCUGCAGUGUCUGCCACAACCACCUCAGCUGCUGGCUGUCCUUGCCUGUGCCGGGUGAUUGUACCUCUCGCCAGCGCCCUCCAUCCCAAGUGUAAGUCCUUUGUCCCAAAGCCACCCUAAAAGUGACAGUGCCACCAAGUACAGAGUUCAACAGGAAAUGUGACGUCAAGAAGACGGGAAUAUCAACCAACCACUUCCCAGCAGCUAGAGAGCUCCACACUAUUAACAUAUAAAAAUAAUUCGGGAUAAUCAUUUUAAGGAAAAUUAAACAAGUGACAAAGUGAAAAUUGUAAUAUAAUGAAGUGUUAAAUCGGCUUUACGUUCCUGUAAUAAAAUAACUUGGUACUCA